UUCAAACCGGAAGAAGACGAUGACGAAGAUAUUGAAGACGAGGAAGAGGAUGAUGAUGAGGAGGAAGACGAUGAGGAGGAUGAUGGCAUGCGUCGUCGUGGGAAGAAAUCAAAGAAAAGAAAAAAGCGAAGAACUGGUGUACAUCAGUUCAUUCUGGAUGAUGUGGAAGUUGAUGAGGAGGAGGAGGAGGAAGAUGGCUAUGAAGAUGAUGGUGAUGAGAUGGGCAUUGAUCCGAGAGAAAGAGAAGAAGCGGAGCGGAUGAUGAAGGAGCAAGAUGAAAGGAAUCGUAGAGGAAGACGACGAGACCUUUUCAAUGGUAUGAGCGAGGAUCAGAUAGAGGAUUAUUUCAAGAAAAAGUACGCAACGCAGUCAUCCUAUUCGGGUACAAUGGAUGACGAUACAGCACUGGACGAUAUAAGUCGUCAAUCAUUGCUACCGAGUACCAACAAGGAUCCAAAUUUGUGGAUUGUAAAGUGUCGUUUGGGUGAGGAAAAACUUGUUGCAAUGCAACUGAUGCGCAAGUAUAUUGCCUAUGAACACACCGAUAAUGUAAGUAAUUUUUUCUUGUCCUUUCGAAUUUCGUUGCUUUGA